GGAGGGGUCAUAUGGCAACUCCAAGAAUGCCAACUACAACAGUUAUCUAUAAGAAGAACAAAGAUCUUAGCACAACAGAAGAACUCAUGGCUCUCAGUGGGAAGGAAGAACUGGUGAGCUAAUUCUGUGAUCAUAAUGAGAGGUCCAGAGGGGGGGAGGGGGGUGAUAGGAAGCAGGUCAAACUCAUCACCCCAAUCACACUCAUCAUUGAAGAAAUAUUGGCAGAAUGAUAGUUAAGCUCUGUUAUCCAUGCUGACAGAAUGACAGUGAUUGAUCCAACAGCUACUGCUUCCUAAUGAUUGCAUCCUCUAGUGAGCAUAAAUUCUCUACUGCAAGCACUGAACAGCCUUCAACACUUACAGCAAUGGGUGACAACCUGGUAGAUUGCUGGCCUAAAUAUGUUGUGAAUCUGUGGGCAGAGUCUGAUCCUUCCAGUGUAAAAACCCAAUCCAUUUCAGGUAUUACUGGAGGCUGCAGAUUUGAUGAGAAGAUGAAAUUUGCAUCUUAAUAUCCAUGAAGGCCUUGCUCAGAAGCUUCAGGUUAUAAAUACUGCAAAGCUUUAUGGAAGGGCCAUGCUCAUCAUUUGACAAGUCCCCAGCACAUGCAGCUCUCAUCAGCCUUGGCCUCUAUUUAAUCUCUUCCCUAUGCUCCCAACCUUCCUCACUUCAGUACAAGUCUUCCUUUGCUUCAUUGUCUUCCUCUCCUAAUUCCCUUUCUCCAUCAGUCCCUCACUGUCACAUCUCCCUCCUCUCUCUCUUCCUAUCUCCAAAAGCCAAACUCCAUUGGCAGCAGAGGCAUCAUGACUUCAGACCAGUAAGCUCGGCAAGUGCUUCAGCCACAAGCUCAAGCUUCUUCCACCUCGCUUCUCGUUCCAACUGCCACUCGGCCAUCUGAAACAACCGUUCAUGGCCGGUCUGACCGAGCAGUACGACUUCCUGUCGCGGCGGUGCGUGUGGGUCAACGGUCCGAUCAUCGUCGGAGCUGGGCCGUCCGGUCUAGCUGUGGCAGCUUGCCUGAGGGAGAAAGACGUGCCUUUUGUGAUCCUUGAGCGCGCCGACUGCAUUGCCUCCCUCUGGCAGAAGCGCACCUACGACCGCCUCAAGCUCCACCUCCCGAAGCAGUUCUGCCAGCUUCCCAUGCUGCCCUUCCCGGAGGACUACCCGGAGUACCCUUCCCGGAAGCAGUUCAUAGACUACUUGGAGUCGUACGCGAAGCACUUCAAGCUCAGCCCCCGGUUCAACCAGUCGGUGCAGUCGGCGAAGUACGACGAGACGAGCGAACUAUGGAGGGUGAGGGCCGCCGGUGCUUGCGCUGAGCCCGGAAACGUGAGCGCCGACGUGGAGUACAUUGGCCGGUGGCUCGUGGUGGCCACCGGCGAGAAUGCGGAGGAGGUGGUCCCCGAGCUGGAGGGGCUGGAGGAGUUCGGCGGCGACGUUAAGCACGUCUGCGACUACAAGUCCGGCGAGGCCUACCGGGGGAAGCGCGUCCUGGUGGUCGGCUGCGGCAACUCCGGCAUGGAGGUCUCGCUCGACCUGUGUGACCAUGACGCCUCCCCGUCCAUGGUAAUCCGCGACUCGGUUCAUGUGCUGCCCAGGGAAGUGCUGGGGAAGUCGACGUUCGAGUUAGCGAUCCUGCUGAUGAAGUGGCUGCCGCUGUGGCUGGCGGACAAGAUUCUCCUGGUGUUGGCAUGGCUGGUGCUUGGCAACGUCGAAAGGUUCGGCCUGAGGAGGCCUUCCGCUGGUCCUCUGGAGCUCAAGAACACGCAGGGGAAGACUCCGGUUCUGGACAUCGGCGCACUCGGCAAAAUAAGGUCAGGUGACAUCAACGUGGUGCCCGGAAUCAAGAGGCUGUCGCCGGGAAAGGUCGAGCUCGUCGACGGCCGGCUUCUCGACGUGGAUUCGAUCAUUUUGGCCACCGGAUACCGCAGCAACGUCCCUCAAUGGCUUCAGGGAUGCGAUUUCUUCUCCAAGGAUGGAGUGCCAAAGUCUCCCUUCCCUAAUGGGUGGAAAGGGAAGUCUGGGCUCUAUGCUGUUGGCUUCACAAGGAGAGGGCUCUCUGGUGCCUCCUCAGAUGCAGUGAGGACAGCCAUGGACAUUGGCAGGUUGUGGGGAGAGGAAACAAACGUAGCGAAGAGGAUCUUUGCUUGCCAUAGGAGAUGAUGAUGCAUCACACAGAGCUAAAAACAACACUCCUUUCAUGGUUCUGCUACUGGCUGUAGAUAGUGUAAAGAAGACCAUAAGAGUGCACCAAACCCUCUGUCAAUGGAGCCCAAGUUUUGAGACUUGGAUGGGAGUGAUGUACAUAGAACAGUUGAUGUUGAUGAGGCUUUCCUUUUUAUUUUCACCUGCACUUUUGGCUGCUUUGUACAACAUUUCAAUGAGGACAGUAUCAUUUUUCAUGCUUCACAUUUCAAGGCAACUUUU